AUGGUUAUAGAAAAUUGGAAGCAGUCAGGCAUUGCAACGAAAUUCCCGACUUUCAGGAAUUCCAAGUUGAUCACAACCAAGAGCUGGCUCUUGGACAAACAGAAUGAUGAUGAAGCUGAGGGUCUUUGGCGAAUUUACGAUGGCAUCUAUGACUUUACGGAUUUCAUUAGCAAACAUCCAGGUGGUGAAUUUUGGUUAAUAGAAUCGAAGGGUACCGAUAUAACUGAAGCAUUCGAGGCGCAUCACAUCGCCAAAUUGCCACAUAAGAUGAUCGAAAAAUACAAAGUGCGCGAUGCCAAAAAUCCACGUAUCUACACGCUCACCAUGCACGAAGAUGGCUUCUACAAAACGCUGCGCGAACGUGUCCGCGAGAAGCUGAAAACCAUCGAUAACACACCGAAGACGAAGAGUGAUGCAAUUCACCUAUUCUUGUUGGUGUCUAUCUUCAUUUUCGCCGUUCUCAGCGCACGCCUACAUAGUCUGCUCUUCCUAGCGCUCGCUGGCACUGCGCUUUGCUGGACCGUCAUUGUGGCGCAUAACUACUUCCACAGGCGCGAUAAUUGGCGUAUGUACACCUUCAAUUUGUGCCUGAUGAACUUCUGCUCGUGGCGAAUUUCGCAUGCGCUCUCCCAUCAUAUCUAUCCGAAUUCGUACUUCGACCUGGAAUUGUCCAUGGUUGAGCCGCUACUUUGCUGGGUGCCCAAUCCAUAUAUAAAGAGCAAACUUAUGCGUUAUCUGUCAAUAGUCACAGAGCCAAUCACUUAUGCGAUAGUUUUUCCAUUACAGAUGGCGACUAGAAUCUUUUACUCGCUUCGCCACGAGAACAUCCUGUACUGGCACGAUAUUCUGCCGCUCAGCAUACCACUCGCCAUGUUCCUCUUCUCCGAUCUUACGUUGCUGUUGUCACUGCGCCAGUGGCUGUUCAUCACAAUGAUUGCCAGCUUCGCUUUCAGUGUUAUUGGCCUGAAUGCGGCUCAUCAUGAUCCGGAGAUCUAUCACGAAGGCGAUGCUAAUCGUGAAGAUCGCGACUGGGGGCUCUUCCAGGUGGAUACCAUUAUCGAUCGUGGUGACUUGAAGGGUUCACAGUUCUUAGUGUUGACUCACUUCGAUGAUCAUAUUUUGCAUCAUUUGUUCCCGACUUUGGACCACGGCAUCCUACCACAACUCUAUCCAAUACUCUAUGAGACGUUGGAACAAUUUAAGGGCAAAGUGCGCGAAUGUAAUCAUUUGGAACAUUUGUUGGGUCAGCAUAAGCAAUUGUUGCGCACCACACCGAAUACAAAACCGCCGGGUUCGCAUAACUAAGAAAAAUAUAAAAUUUUAAAUCAGUUUGAGAAUAUGUACCAUUUUUUGGGUAGCAGAUAAUUAAAAUUGUUUCUUAAAUAUUUUGUAAGUUUUUAUAUGGCAUUUCCAUUUACGAAAUACCAGUAGAUAUGUUUAAAUAAUUUUAGGCUACAGACUACGUUAUCAUCUCAAAUACAAUUUGGAAUACAUGUAUGUAUGUAUGUAUGUAGAAUAGACCAAUACUUAAAGCUUAACUUUUUCGCAUUCGAA